AGAGCAGGUCAUAAAGGAGGACAACAUGUUGGAGGCGCUCGGCAUCAUAGAGCUCUACUGCAAGUGUCUCGUCAAGAAAGCCGCUCAGCUAGACAAGCCCAAGGAAUGCGCCGAGGAGGUAAAGAAAGCGGCUGCCGGCAUCAUAUUUGCUGCCAAGCGCUGCAGUGACCUGCCGGAGCUGCAGUCUGCCCGCAAGAUCCUCGCCGACAAGUUCGGCGACGAUUUCACUGCCGACGCCAAGCUGGUGUGGAAGUUGUCCGGAGACAAGGCAAGCAUUAGCCUGAAGAAGAAGGUGGCCAAAGAGAUCGCCGCCGAGAACAAUAUCUCGGUGGAUUUGUCCAAGUCCCCAUAAGCAAUGGCGGCGUUGUUCUACACGGUCAGGAGAUUGUCGUGUUUGGACUCAUGGGUGCAAGUCCAGAGCCUGACGAUGGUCGUCGUCGCUUUUGACAGGAUGAAUGCCUUUGGACUAGAGUGACAACGACAAUGCCUCGAGCAUUUUCUACUCAGACGGAUCAGAUGAUAGGCCGCUGAAGCCGAAGAUGGUGAUAUAUAGCUUUCAGUGCGCACGAUGAGACAAAGUCAUUCCUCUGCAUCUGGCCCCAAAUGCAACUGCUAUGUGUAGGUUCAAAAUUAGUAUCGGAGGAUGGUCAUGAAGAACUAUGGCUCACUGUACAAGAGAAGGGAAGACAUCUGUAUUUUACUCUUUAAAACUAGACCAGAAGCUCCUGCGGUUUUAUUAAUUAAGUGGAGAAUGUGAGACACAAACAUCCGAGCCGAGACUUGAACACACAUAGGCUAGGAGGCGCAACUGUAUUUCACUCUUACACUUCGAUUAUGAAAUUUGAAAGUUCUUUGGCAUCUA